AUGGCCGUCACCACCUGUGAACUCACCUGGUUAAAACAACUUCUCACUGAUCUUGGUGUUCCUCAUCCCGAGCCUUUUACUCUCCAUUGUGACAAUCAGUCUGCUUUGCAUAUUGCUCAUAAUCCUGUGUUUCAUGAGCGCACCAAACACAUUGAGAUUGAUUGCCAUAUCAUUCGUGACAAAAUUCGCUCAGGGCUCCUCAAAGCUGUUCACACUUCUUCACAUGAACAACUUGCGGAUAUCUUCACCAAAGCUUUGGGACAUGACCUUUUUCAUCAUUUCUCGCGCAAAAAAUUUUGUAUUGGAAUGUACGAGGUCUUGGAACAUCUAGAAAAAAGGUUGUUGAAGAUGGUGAGAUCCAGAAAACCUUGUGUUUUUGCAGUUGUUGAACCAUUUGUUGAUGGCCAGCAUCUUGAGCGUUUGAAGAGUGAUGUUUCUUUUGAAGACCAGGAGCGGAUUGGAGGACAUCCUCGUCCUCGUAUUGCAAUGGAGGAAUUUAAUACUUUCAUUGACAUGGCUGGAUUAUCAGAUUUAGGUUUCCAAGGAAAUCAUAUGACUUGGUGUAAUGGUCAUGAAGGGAGAUCGAGGUGUUGGGCACGGUUGGAUAGAGCUCUUGUGAAUUCUGCUCAUGUUUUGGAAUUCCCCUCGGCAGAAGGUAGUUAUUUGCCUAGGUUGUCAUCUGAUCAUGCUCUUUUGCAGGUUGAUUUAAGUCCAGAAAAUAGGAGGUAUGGACAUGUUCCUUUCAAGUUUCAGCAAAUGUGGACAACACAUAAAAAGUUUUCUGAUUUUGUUACUAAUGAAUGGAAGGAGGUACAGGAGGGUGAUGGGAUGGUUAAAUUGGCCAGAAAACUGAAAAAGUUGAAAGGGGCUCUUCGUGGAUGGAACUAUACUGUUUUUGGCUGGACUGGAUUUCAUAUUAAACAAUUGGAGAGACGAGUGCAGGACUUGGAGGAACAACUACAAUUGGGUGAUUCUGAAGAUGUAGAACUGGAUCUUUUAUCUAGCAAAGUUGAACUGGAUACGUGGAAUUCUAGAGAAGAGAUUUGUUUGGCUCAACAAGCCAAGCAAGAAUGGCUUCAUUCGGGAGAAGCAAGCUCAAAAUUUUUUAAGGCCAUGGCUUCGAAAAAUCAUAGAUUGGUGGGACAGAUGAAAGUUAGUGAAAAUGAAUGGUUGAAGACUCCGGAGGAGGUACAUACAGGUGCUGUCGAUUUUUUUCAGAACUUUUUGGCCUCUAAUCAUCAGUUCCCGCUUCCGGAUUUAUCUUCUCUUAUUGCUCCAGUCAUUCAGGAGGAUGAUAAUGUAAAUUUGCUAGAACUUCCUUCGAUCCAAGAGGUAAAACAAGCUAUUUUUUCCAUUCCUACUGAUAGUAGCCUGGGCCCUGAUGGGUUCGGAUCAGGGUUUUAUAAAGCAUGCUGGGAUAUUAUUGCCAGGGAUGUGGUGGAUGGUGUUCAUGAUUUCUUUAGAGGAGGCAAAAUCCCAAGAGAAAUCACAGCCUCUUUCUUGGUUUUGAUUCCAAAGGUUGAUCACCCGAAAAGCUUUGAUAAAUUUCACCCUAUUAGUCUGUGCUCAGUUUUUUAUAAGACAUGUACAAAAAUUCUGGUGAACCGGAUAUCUCCUUUACUAUCUCGUUUGAUUUCAGAGGAACAAGGAGCUUUUAUUCCUGGGAGAAACAUUUUUGAAAAUGUGAGCUUGGUACAGGAGAUGAUCCAAAACAUAAAUAAACCUGUUCGUGGUGGUAAUGUGGUUUUGAAGAUAGACAUGGCCAAAGCUUAUGAUAGUAUGAAUUGGGAUUUCUUGAUUCAUGCUUUGGCUAGUUUUGGUUUCUCGGAGGGUGUUUGUAGCUUGGUACAUCAAUGCAUCUCUUCGCCUUGGUAUUCAGUUGUUAUGAACGGUAUUCCGAAAGGGUCGCUUCCUUUCAAAUACUUGGGGGUUCCCAUUGUGUCUGGAAGAUUAAAGGUGAUUCAUUUUGAUGAGUUUCUGUGUAAGAUCAGGGACAAAAUUGGGGGAUGGCAUUCUCGCCUUUUAUCUAAUGGUGCUCGCCUCUUGCUAUUAAAGCAUGUGCUUGGUAGUCUCCCCAUUCAUCUACUAUCUAUUUUGCAGGUUCCUAAAUCUGUCCUAUCCUCUAUAUCCAGAUGUUUUAGUAAUUUUUUCUGGGGUUAUAAAGAUGGAAGACCGAAGAAACAUUGGAAGUCUUGGGCUUCGAUGUGUGCUCCUGUAAAAGAGGGCAAAAUUGGCAUUCAGAAUUUAGAUGAGAUACAAAAAGCUCUUCAUAUGAAAUUUGCUUGGAGGUUAUUAACGACAAAUUCUCUUUGGUCCAGAUUUUUCAAGGCCAAAUACAUAAAGCAGAAUCAUGUUUUUGUGGUUAAUCCAAACAAAGGAUCUAGCUUUUGGAAGAUGGUGAUCAGGAGUAUUCCAGAUGUUAUUGAGCAUUCCAAAUGGAAACCGAGGAGAGGAGAUAUCUCUUUUUGGUUGGAUAAAUGGAUAGGUGAUGAGCCUCUGGCGGUUUCAGUUCCUAUAGUGGCACCAAAAAUUAAAAUACAUGAAUGUUACAAGGAAAGUGGCUGGGAUAGGGAUUUCCUUUGUCAGUUAGUGGGUACCCAAAAGGCGCAGGAUAUUGUUGAUACUUUUUGUAGUCUAAUGGAUGGGGAUGACCGACUUAUUUGGGUGGAAAAGGAGGAUGGGAAUUUCUCUUCUAAGAGUGCUUGGGAGGUUACUCGGGUAAAAGCUCCAAAGAUUAGAUGGGCUAAAUGGAUAUAG